AUGUCUGCCAUCAAGUCCAUCCGCUCCAUUGCCCCCCUCCUGGACCGUAUCUUAGUCCAGCGCGUCAAGCCCGAAGCCAAGACCGCGACCGGUCUUUUUCUGCCCGAGACUGCCGUCAAGGAGCUCAACGAAGCCAAGGUCAUUGCCGUCGGCCCAGGAGCCUUCGAUAGAGAUGGAAAGCGUGUUACGCCGAGUGUACAGCCUGGCGAUAAGGUCUUGAUUCCGCAAUUCGGCGGUAGCCCUAUCAAGGUUGGCGAGGACGAGUUGAGCCUGUUCAGGGACCAUGAGCUGCUUGCGAAGAUCAACGAGUAG